AAAGUGCCUACUGCAGUUGUCUACUUGAAUAAUAUUGCGCCACUCUAUAAUUCUGCUGUGAUUCAUUCCAUAGCCAAACUCAUAAGUAUACCAUCAGUUUAUACUGCAUUGCUUUAAUAAAGAUUAAUUUAAUCAAAUUAAUAAACAUAUAUAAAUAUGGCAAAUUCACAAAUUAAAGUUCAAUAUAAUCAGAUAUUCAUCAAUAACAGUUUCGUAAACUCAUUAAGUGGAAAAACGUUUUCUACUAUCAAUCCAGCUAAUAAAAAGAUAAUUAUCAAUGUUGCGGAAGGAGAUAAAGAGGAUGUAGAUUUGGCGGUUAAUGCAGCAAAGACUGCAUUUCAACCAAAUUCUGAAUGGCGUACAAUGAACGCAUCUGAUCGAGGGCAAUUAAUCUACAAAUUAGCAGAAUUGUUAGAAAAAAACAAAAUUAAUUUGGCAAAUUUAGAAUCUUUAGACAAUGGUAAACCAUAUAAUAAUUCUGUGUUAGAAGUAGAGUUUGCUGUUUCAAUUCUUCGAUAUUAUGCGGGAUUUGCUGACAAAAUUCACGGAAAAACUAUACCAUCAGAUGGACCAUAUUUUACAUUCACUAAACGUCAACCUGUUGGAGUAGUCGGAAUAAUUGUACCAUGGAACUAUCCAAUUAUUAUUACCAUACAUAAAUUGGCACCAGCACUUACUACUGGAUGUACUGUUGUAUUAAAACCAGCUGAACAAACUCCUCUCACUGCUUUGUAUAUAGCUGCACUAUCAAAAGAGGCUGGAUUUCCAAAUGGAGUCAUUAACGUUAUACCCGGUUAUGGUCCAACUGCAGGUAAAGCUAUAGCUAGUCAUCCAGAUAUACAUAAAGUGACUUUUACUGGAUCAACAGAAGUUGGAAAAUUAGUCAUGGAAGAAGCAGCCAAGUCUAAUUUAAAACGUGUGUCAUUGGAGUUGGGUGGUAAAAGUCCUUUGGUAAUAUUCGAUGAUUUUGAUGUUGACGAGGCUGUUAAAAUUGCUCAUGAUGCGGUAUUUGUUAACAUGGGUCAAAAUUGUUGUGCUGCUUCUAGAACAUUUGUUCAUGAAAAUAUUUAUGAUACAUUUGUAAAAAAAGCUGCAAAAUUGGCAUCUGGUAAGAAAGUUGGAGACCAAUUUGAUGCCAAUACACAAAUAUGGCCUUUAGUAAGCGAAGAACAAUACAACAAAGUUUUGAGUCUGAUUGAAUCUGGUAAAAAAGAAGGUGCCAAAUUAGAAACUGGUGGGUCUAAAGUUGGUGACACAGGUUAUUAUGUGUAUCCUACUGUAUUCUCAAAUGUUACUGACAAUAUGACAAUUGCUAGAGAAGAAAUAUUUGGACCGGUUCAACAAAUCAUUAAAUUCAAAACUUUGGAUGAAGUAAUAAACCGGGCAAAUAACACUAAAUAUGGAUUAGCUGCUGGAAUAUUAACUAAAAAUAUGGAUAUUGCGAUGAAGUAUAUGGACAAUGUUAAUGCUGGUUCAGUUUGGAUUAACAGUUACCUUGUCUUCUCAGCACAAAUUCCAUUUGGUGGAUUUAAUCAAUCUGGAUUUGGUAGAGAAUUAGGAGAAGACGGUUUAAAUGACUACUUGGAAGUUAAAUCUAUCUCAAUCAAGCAAUAAAUUUCAUACAAUGAAAUAAAUAAAAAUGUAUGUUCAUCAAUGUAUAAUUUAAGUAUUCCUUUUUAUAUUAAUUAAAGUUAACAAUAAUAUUGAAUUUCUUUUAAAUUUUGUUUCAUUCUUUAUAAGUUUGAUUGUUUAAUUACUGAUAUUUAUAUUACCUAUAUUAUGAAAUACUGAAAUAUAAAUCUAUUGUGUUAAUUAUUAAAAUUUAGCAGAUAUCUAUUUACUAGGAUACAGUUGGUUCCAUGACUUAAAUCAAUAGUGAUCUUAUUUCUAAUUCUUAUUGUAUCAUAAAUAUACCUAUGUAAUUAACAUUGGAUACUUGGAUGUAAGGGUUUCAUAUAGUCAUACAAAUCACUAUGUCAAUUUAAUAUAUAAUCACCAGGUAUAUUAGCAUCAAUCGUAAUCGUAGCCUGUUACAUUGAAACUUUAAUAUGAAGUAUGAUAACUGAUAAGUGUUGAGUUUGGGUGAUUGCUAAGUUUAGAAUCAGGACUUAUAAAUUUAUAUUUCUGAUGAAAUAACUUAUAAGCCUAAUGUGUAAAUUGUAAAUU